CUAAAGUUCAGCAUUUAUCACCAUGACGUCCUCAAGCUCAGAUAGUUCAGAGGAGGAAGACAAGAAGAAAGCAGAGGAGAACGGCUCAGAUUCCGACUCGGAGUCCGGAUCUUCUGAGUCCAGUGGCUUGGAGACUGCCUUCCGGUGGCUCUUCAAAUGGGGAGAUCAAAAAAAAACGGAUGGACAGGGAUCAACUGUGGCACCAUCUCCGCACUUCAGCACCAGUGCGCUGGGGAGAACCAAGGCUCUGAGAAGAAAAAGAAAAAGAAAGCGAAAAAAGAAAAGAAGAAGAAAAAGAAGGACAAAAAGGACAAGAAGUCCAAAAAGAACAAAAAGGCAGAGAAGAAGGGAAAGAAAAAGAAGGAGAAGAAAAAGAAAAAGAAAAAGGGAGACGAUCUCACAGAAGCCAUGCGCGGAUCUGUCUCCAAUCAGUUUGGCAAGUAUGGCAUCAUCAAGGCUGAAGACUUCUUCUCCAAGAAGCCCGAAUUUAUGCUCUGGGCACAGGAGGUCCGAAAGGUCAAUACCGACAUCCUCGGACAGAUGCAGCUGAAAGAUUUGUUCAAGGAAUACGUGGAGGACUACAACACGGCCACCAUGCCUUCGAAAAAGUACUACAAUAUCCAGGUAUUCGAGCAGCAAAUGUCCAACAAGCGGCGGAAGAAGAAAGCAGAAACGGUCAUUGAUACUGCACUUCAAAGCUCUUUGGCGUCCUUCGAUGACGAAAAGGCCCGACGAGACGAAGUCCUUGCCUUACGUGCCAAGAAACAGGAGAAUCAGAUUUCCUCGGAGGCCGCGGUGCAGCGCCUGCGAAUGAACAAAGAGAAGGCGGAGGACAUGAAGCACCAGGCCAUGCUGAAGACCCAACAAUCGAUGCUCAGUAAGGCUGGCCAGGUGGAGGCUGCUGGGAAGAUUAGCGAAAGGCUCAACCCAAACAAGGUGGACUAUGCGGAACGUCGGGCCAAGAAGUUGGAUGGUCCGGUGGGCUUCCAACCUGAAGGUUAGAUUUCUGAAGGUAGCUGAAGCGCUGGUGCAGAAUGGUGCAGAAUUGCCGUUGGAGCAGCACAGCGCGAGGAGUAUGUG